CAGGCUGGCAACUCUACGUAUUUCAGCAGCUGUUUUACUUAUCGCUAGAUUACGGCGAAUAAUAAACAAAGUACUUCAGUGUAAUAAAUAAAAUUGACCUCUGACAAGUACGUUGUUGCUAAUUUAAGUAAAACUAACGCCACUUAAAUAUUACACAACCCCUUCCAACCACAGUGAGACUUUUGCAAGUUUUGCGCACCAUGAACCAAAAAGCUGCUGUCGGACAACUUUCAGCGCUGCGCUUGAAAUACCGUGAGCGUAAGGAUGCGUUUCUGGAGGAGAACAUAAAGGUUAAAGAUCCAUUUUAUAUAUUCCGCGACUGGCUAAGCGACGCUCUCAAUACCGAGGAGAUCCUCGAACCAAAUGCCGCAGCCUUGGCAACGGUAAAUGCUGCGGGCAAACCCUCCAAUCGCUUUGUCCUUGUAAAAGAGGCUACUGCUGAGGGUUUCACAUUCUUCACCAACUAUGGCAGUCGCAAAGCCGAGGAGAUUGCCAGUAAUGCCAAUGUUGCCAUUGCUAUCUACUGGAUGCCACUGCGUCGCAGCAUCCGCAUCGAAGGCAUCGCCGAGAAGAUCUCUAAGGAGGCAUCGCUUAAAUAUUUCCACGAGCGUCCACGCGCCAGUCAAAUCGGAGCCGCUGCUAGUCCGCAGAGCCAGCGCAUACGCUCACGCAGCUAUCUGGACGAGGUGGAAGCCGGAAUCAAGGCCACACUGGGCGAGAAUGGUGAGGUGCCACUACCCAAUUGGGGUGGCUACCUAGUGCGUCCAUCGCUCAUCGAGUUCUGGCAGGGACAAACGGAUCGCCUGCACGAUCGCAUAUGCUUUCGACGUGGUGCCGGAGUCUUAGACGAGGUGGAUGGAGAGUUAGUCCACAAGGGCGAGAAUGAAUGGGUCUACGAGCGAUUGGCACCCUAAACAGAGAGAGAGAGAUAGACAGCGAAAGAGAGAGACAGAGAACAGAUGAGAUUUAUGUGCUGCGCAAUUGUUAUGUCUUCCAAAAUGAUUAAUGAAGUUUAAAAGAUAAAAAUUUAAGAAAACUUAGUAAAAUAUCAGAGAUCUAAGAGGAGAUGCUUUAAGUGGAUUAUAAAGAAAUGCAGAAUAAAAUAUAGGUCGUUAAAUAUAU